UUUUCCUGAAACCCUCCAGCAGUUUUUCUGAUUCACUUGUUUUUCUAAUGACCCCUUUGCCACAGAGGAGCAUCGGUUUGCGUCCACAAUGAGUGCAUUGUCCAGGAUAACCUACAUGUCAAGCCUCACUUGCUAGCGGCGACCUUCCGGAGCACCCGCUACCCUAUUGUAGCUCAUUUAGCCCGGAUGUGCUGUCCUACCUACUUCUGCGUCCCUUCCAGUCAAUCCAAUAAUCAGCAAGACAAAUAUUUAGUUAUUAUUUUAAGCAAAUAUUAGCCACUAAAUGACAUUGCUUUGAGAAAAAAACGGAAGUACUGUCGUUGGAAUGACACAAUAUUGCUAUGAUUUUGCCUUUAAUGAACAUUCCAAUUUGCCCAGUUUGAUUCAAGAAGUGCUUUGGGGGACCCUGAGCCCCCCCUUAGCUGCCGCCCCUCCUCCUGGUCCCUCCCUUUCAUUAACACUGCAGGUCCAACGCUGGUCAACGUGACUUUUGGAGAAAAGUGUAGACACUCAUCUGUCAUGUGGACAGAACCAUGCACACAGACCUUCGUGGCGCCUCCUGAAUGACAAGGACAGAACCAACACCUUAAGAUCAACAUCAUGGGGCUAGUGGUUUGGAUGUGCUCGCUGCUGGCUCUCCCACUGCUCCAGUCUGCCAAGAUCCUGACUGUCUGCCUAAUUGGAGGAAGCCACUACUUGCUGUUUGAUGAGAUCUCUCACAACUUCCAUUUACAUGGCCAUGAGGUCCGCAUGCUCUUACAACUGGGCAACCCUGUAGUCACAGGUUUGUCCUAUGCAGGCCGCAAUGACAGCUACAAGACCAGCACUUGGUCCUUAGGAGAAGAAUACAUUAAACAAUACAACGGCUGGUUCUUGGAGCAACAAGCUCAGUUUUUACUGGGACGGGAUAGCUUGAAUGGCUUCUUGAACUUCAUGGGGCACCUUUCCUAUCAGUGUGAUCACCUCUUGGGAGACGGAGAGCUAAUGAGAUUCCUACAGCGGGAGCAAUACGACAUGGCCAUCGUGGAUGCCUUUAACCCCUGCUCCUUCAUCAUAGCACACAAACUUGAUCUCCCCUCCAUCGCCUUCUAUCCUGGCACUCUGAACGGUCCUCUGUCCAUCACAAUCCCCUCCUCAGUGUCCUCAGUGCCAGUUUGCAGCUCCCAGCUGUCCGACCACAUGGACCUCUGGGGGCGGGCAAAGAAUGUUUUCUACUCACUCGUAGGUGCAAUAGGCCAGCAAAUGGUCUGGUCUAUGUUCAAGGAUGUAGCUGACCGCCACCUUGACUCAGGCUCUCCCCCUGGUGGUCUGCACGAGUUCCACCAAAAUGCUGAGCUGUGGGCCUUCAACACCGACUUCUCCUUGGAGUUCCCCCAGCCUCUUCCACCUUACACUGUGCUGGUGGGGGGUCUCCUCAAUAUGGUGGCCCAGCCUCUGGAUCAGGAUCUUGACUUGUGGGUGUCCGGCUUUGGAGAGGCAGGUUUCAUUGUUGUGACUCUGGGGUCAAUGGUCUCCUCUGUCUCUGUGGACCGACUCCUGGUGGAGCUGGUGGGGGGCUUCUCCAUGAUCCCUCAGGGCGUCAUCUGGCGGUACGACCAUGAGUGUUGGCCACCUCACCUGAGCAAACCUUCCAAUCUUCGCCUUGUGGACUGGCUGCCGCUCAAUGACUUGCUAGGACAUAAAAACAUGCGUCUCUUCAUUACCCACGGAGGUCAGAACAGUCUUCUCCAGGCAGUGUACCAUGCUGUUCCUGUGUUGGGCAUCCCUCUGUUUGGAGAUCAGUUUGACAACGUGGUGAGGGCUCAAGCAAAGGGUUUGGGUCUCUCCAUCGGUCCCACAGAGAUCACAAGCGAGCUGCUCAGCUCCACCGUUCAAACAAUCAUCCAGGACGCCAGCUUCAAGUCUGCAGCUCUGUCCCUCAGCAGCAUCCAUAGAUCACAUCCCGUUCCCCCAGCACUCCGACUGGUGCGGUGGGUGGAGCACAUCCUGCGUAGCGGAGGUGGAGCUCACCUAAGGCCGUCCUCACUGCAGCAGCCAUGGUACCAGAGGUACCUGCUGGACCUGCUUCUGCUUCUCUUCAUCAGCCUCGCCGGGCCCGUCCUUCUCUGCUGGCUUUUCUGCAAGAGCAAGACAAGCAAAGAUGAAGGCAAGAAAAUUCAAUAGUAGCACACUUAGGUUGAUAAGUCACUUCUAUGCUUAUUACGUGUGAAGAUGUUCAAUGUCAGUGAUUAAUAAAUGACUUAGACACUCCUAGAGAUAUGUUUUACAGUCAUUGCACCCCAUUUGACUGCAUAUCAAUCACAGGAUAUAGAUGUAAGAGAGCCACAUAGAGACUCAUGAAAAGAUAUUUUGUACAGCAACUCAUGUCCAUAUGCCAAGAAGUUAUAUACUAUAUAUUUCAAGAAAUAACUGCAUCAAAAACUUUCACUUUUCACAUUUUUUUUGUUCAUUUACCAGAUAUUUCAAAAUUGUUCUUGUAAUAUUAUGACUUUAUUCACAUAUUUAGAUUUUUUUCCUUUUUCCCAACCCAAUUUCUCAAAAACUCCAACUUUAUUUUGUUUUGUUUAUCAUAUUAUGACUAACUAAAAAAAUCUUUGAUAUUUCAACUCUAUGCUACU